CUUGUGGAGAGUCAACCAUCUGCUUGUCUUCAUCAAGAUGCUCUACAGUAUGGCAUUAACUUAAGCAUCUCCAUGAAGACGAAUAUAUGACACCAUCAGGCCAAGUUACAGGUCAGAUCUGUAGACAGGGAACCUGUACAAAUACAUGCUUUUUAAGUGAGCAUUAAAACACUAAUAACUGAUUCAUUCAAGCUAUAACAUCCCCAUGAGACAAAUAAGUGGCGGACCCUCCAGAAAAGUUACACAUUGCACCUUUAUGGUUGAAUGGUUAUAAAUGACAGCAUCUCGACAUUCUUGGUUUUGGUCGCUUUUCUUUAGUAAUAUUUUUUUCUGUGGGCUUUACCAUAUGACGCGUUUGAGCUACGAGCUCUUGCGCCCCUGCGCACGACGUCAACGCACAGCAGCGGCAGCGGCGGCGCAGGAGAGAUGAGCAGCUGCACCACUGGACUGUCGCGGCGUUUGCCAAGCUGAACACGCAAAGAUGCUGCCAUGUACGUUUUUUGCAAACCUGCCUGUUAUACUGAGGCUAGAAUCAGGUUUAACAAAUAGUUGCACGCUCGUUCCCUCCUCGUGAGUGGCUUUGGUGAGAGAAGCAGGCUGUACAUCUUCGCUUCCAGAAAUGGACGGAAGGACUGCGGAACCCGGGGAUGACGGGAGCCGAAGCGAGGCGUCCGGCUCCUGCUUGCAGCUUGACCUGGGGGACACCGAUCCAGCCAGAAAAGCUCAGAUAACAGAGAUGCCAUCGCCAUUUGGAGCAGGUCCAACCCACGAGAAGAAGAUUGGCCACAGGAGAGUUGAUGCCUCGGGGGAGACAACAUACAAAAAGACCACCUCUUCAGCGCUCAAAGGGGCCAUCCAGCUGGGCAUCGGUUACACAGUCGGUAACCUCAGCUCCAAACCAGAGCGAGAUGUGCUGAUGCAAGAUUUCUAUGUGGUGGAAAGCAUCUUCUUUCCAAGUGAAGGCAGUAAUCUCACUCCAGCGCAUCACUUCCCAGACUUCCGUUUUAAAACGUAUGCUCCUGUGGCCUUCCGCUACUUCAGAGAGCUGUUUGGGAUCCGGCCUGAUGACUAUCUGUAUUCACUUUGCAAUGAACCUUUGAUUGAGCUGUCAAAUCCUGGAGCCAGUGGAUCGAUAUUCUAUGUCACCAGUGAUGAUGAGUUUAUCAUUAAAACUGUACUACACAAGGAGGCAGAAUUUCUACAAAAGCUACUACCUGGAUACUACAUGAACCUGAACCAGAACCCAAGGACCUUGUUACCAAAGUUUUUUGGACUGUAUUGUGUUCAGUGUGGAGGCAGAAAUAUCAGAAUUAUUGUAAUGAACAAUAUUUUACCACGCUCAAUACGAAUGCAUCUUAAAUUUGACCUAAAAGGAUCAACAUAUAAAAGACGUGCAUCAAAAAAAGAAAGAGAGAAGUCCAAACCCACUUUCAAAGACCUGGACUUUCUCAGCGAUGUCCCUGAAGGCCUCUCACUAGACCAGGACACCUAUAGUGCACUAGUGCGGACUCUGCAGAGAGACUGUUUGGUUCUUGAAAGUUUUAAGAUCAUGGAUUACAGCUUGCUACUUGGCAUCCACAACAAAACUCUUGCAGAAAAAGAGAUUCAGUGCCAGGCAUCACCAGCAGGGGGCACUGAUUCCAAGAGGCCUGUACUUCAGAGAGCCUUGUAUUCCACUGCCAUGGAGUCUAUACAGGGAGACUCGAUGUGCAGAGACACACUGGACCAUGAUGUCACAAUGGGAGGUAUUCCAGCUGUGGGACCAAAAGGAGAAAAUCUACUGCUUUUUGUUGGAAUCAUUGAUAUCCUGCAGUCCUACAGGCUGAUUAAGAAGCUGGAGCACUCUUGGAAGUCACUUAUCCAUGACGGGGACACUGUGUCAGUUCACAGGCCUGGCUUCUAUGCUGAGCGAUUCUUCAAAUUCUGUACUACCACUGUCUUCAGGAAAAGCUGCUCUCUUCGUCCAUCUCCUUCAAAGAGAGGACGAGGAACCCUAUCUGCAUCCAGGUCUAAUGCUGGGUCCACAUCACAGCGUCCCUCACUGACUGAAGACCGCCGGGAAAACCUGGACAAUCUGGAAAACCUCAGAGGGGCACGGAGUUUCGCAAUGCUCGAGGACAGUGGCCGAGAACCACCUUGCACUCCUCCUUCAUUUGAAGAUGCCACCACUGCAUCGAUCGCCACAACCCUGUCGUCUAACAACUCAUUACCCACAACCCCUUUCGACACGCCUGAGCACCCACGCUACCGGAGACAGAUGCUCUCUCCCAGCAUGGCCAGAUCGCAGAAGGAGAUUGUGGAGGUCCAUGAGGAAAAGCAGGACACUAUAACAGUAGAAGUUGAGCUCAGUAAAAUUCCCAACAGCACCGAGCUUACCAAAGCAAUAGAGAAGAUCUCACCGGACCAUCCUGAGCAUCCUGUUGAGACCCCACCGUCAUCCAGCACUCCAGCUCCAGCGCCUUGUUCAUCUUCCACACUGCCCCCCUCCUUCACAUCCUCCUCGGCCCCUCCUCUUUCCACCCAGUCCUCUGCCACACUUCCCCCCAUCACCAUACAGCCCUCAUCAAAGCCCCUUCAUUCCCCCACCAAUUUAGAAGUUCCUGUUUCAACACCAGUGUUAACUCCCACAACCUCAGCACCAGCACCUGCAUCAGCCUUCACUCCCAUUCACCCAGCAUCUUGUCAAAGCUCCACUGAAAGCUCCACCCACCAGCUGACCGCGACCCCGCCUACCUCCCUUCCCUCCAGCCCACAGCCACCCCCACGCCGCCCUCCGCUGACGUCCAGCAAUCAUCUGUCAGUUUCCAGUAGCAACAAUUCCCUGGAUGGAGAGGUGCAGGUUUCUGACAUCUACUUUGUGAGUAUUUACUGAGUUUACUCAGUUCUUGAAUCCAUGUAAUUGAUUCAGAGUGAAAUCCCAUUAUGAAGGCCUUACUGUCUGUUUGUCCCUGGUGUACUGGGAGUUUCACAGUGGCCCAGUCAGGACAGCGUGGUAGAGUUGUGAUAGUGAGAGCAAAACAAGUGUGCGUAUACAGGGGUAGAUUUAAAUGUCUAAAAAGACAGACAUUUUUUAGCUAUUAUUUUAUCUAGCCAACAAAAUAACAAACCAGCAAAUAAACCAAAACUGAUUCAAGACAUACUAUGUAACGUUUCUAGUGGCAAGUUUUCCAUGUGCUUGUCUGAGGUCAUUGCUUUGCUAACAAUGUUCAGCUACAGUAUAUGGCAUUAAACAUAUUUAUCUACAUGGAGAUAAAAAGCUCAGGUCAUUGUAGAGAAGUAAAUACCUUUAAUAAAUUAUGUCAUACUG